AUGGAAUUUCCAUUCAUUGAUUACUUUUUCAUAGGUGCUCUUGCUGAAAAAAUGGCAAACCGUCGUCCCCAAGGAAAUGGAAGACGUAUGGACUUCGGACGUAAUGAUCGGGGGAAGAAUUUCCGUGGAGGUGUAUCUCCUUGGCAAGGUGGCGGCCCUGGUGGAGAUCUUCCAAAUUUGCUCCCUCUUGGGGGAGGCCCUACUGAAGCUACUUUAGCUUUGGCCAGCAAUCUCAUCAAUCUUCUCCAACCACGUCAAAACCCGGUACCCUCUCUCUUGGAUAUGCCAAUGAGACGCGAUUUCGGCCCUAACAUGAGUCGGUAUGACCGAGGUUAUGGGCCCAAUAGGAUGGGCAAUCAAGGUAAUUUCCGGCGUACGGGAAAUUACAAUCGGGCUGGUGAGCGUAUCAACAACAAUCGUAAGCCGUUCAGGCCCAAUGAUGGGCAAAGGCAACAAAACAAGAGUUCCCCGAAAAAGGAUGCCGAUUCAAAGGCUAAGCCUGUCAAGGAGAGUGAGGACAAAAACCAAGAUUCUGAUAAGCCCGAGAAGUCCGAAGAAGACAAGAGAGAUGCUCCAAAGACCCGAUAUGAUGACAUCAAUCCUCAACUCCUAAAGUGUCAUAUUUGUAACAAGAGCAUGUGGGACGGUAGAUCUUUUGAGAACCAUUUGAGUGGACGGGCUCAUGCUAUCAUGAUGCAGAAGACAGCUGAGAGCUAUGCAUUGACUGCCGAUACUAUGAGGCAGGAGUUUAAGAUCCGUGAAAUGAAACGCACACGCAAAACCGGUCAGCAGCCACCUCGUGAUUUCUACUGUGCGAUGUGCGACAUGUACGCGGCCGAUGGUGCGAUCCAUCGCACUACGGUUGGCCAUCGCAAACUGAAGAAGUACUUGCACCCAACAUGCACUUCCUGUUAUAAGGAAAUGCCCACCAGGAUUGAAUUGGACGAGCAUAGACUAACAGCGGAACAUUUGAAGAACAUGCAAGACAAACAGGAGGUUGUGUCCAAGCCGAAACCUGAAGUGAUGGUGAUCUCGACUCUGAACAUGGAGCAGUCGUACUUGCGUGACGACCGCCAGCGCUGGCGGCGCAUUGAGAGAACGGAGAUGGAUAAGGAUGAGGGCAAACAGGACAAAGGUGAAGAUGAAUCUAAGAAGAAUCAAGAAGAUGUUGAAGUGAAACAAGAGCCAGAAGAGAAGAAGAGCAUAGACAAUGAGAACACCAUCUUGGAUUAUAAAGAGGGUGAUGACGUCAGCAAGGUCACUCCUGACAUGAUGCCCGCUUAUAGCACUGAACGUGGUGUAGGCAAGUCCUUCCUCUCACCGUUCAGCUGUGUCCAGUGCACUCUCUGUCGCAAGUUCCUGGACAGCGAAGAGACUGCUGAGGUCCAUCUCCGGACUUGGAGACAUCACCAGCUGUUCCUGCAGGUGUUGUCUGAUAAGAGUGGCAAUCAGCAACCGCAGGAGUCGAGGAAGAGAUCCCACAACGAUGACUCGGGAACGUGGAAGCGGCGCAAGACCACUCCAGAAGACGAUGAUGAAGCUGAUGCUGACCAGAAUGGACAUGAGGAGGAUAAUGUUAAAAAUGAACCGACAGACGCAGAUGAAACAAACAUGGAGAAUGAAGACUCUGACCUGCACGCGGCUGACGAGCUGGAGGACUGGGAGCAGUCAGUGGAUGAAAUACUCAAUGAUGAGGCCCAGGAUGAUGCUAAAGAACCGGAAAAGGAGCCGGAGCCUGAGCAAGAAGGAGAGAAACCACAGGAGAAAGAAGAAGAAGUUGAACAGCAACCUGAAGCGGAAAGUAAAAAUGAGGAGGAGAAAAAUCCAACACCAGCUCCUCAGUCAACCGCCUCCCAGAGAGGCCGAGGGAGAGGCCGUCGUCGUUAC